GCGGCGCGUGCUCUCGGGCGGGGUGCGGCGCGGGAUGUGCUGCCCAGGCCGGGCGGAGUCUCUCUGACAGGGCGGGGGAUGCGCGGACGCCGCUCGCUCGGACCCUGAGGCGGCGGGCCCACCCGCGCGCAACCGUCCGACCCCCGGCGGCCUCGGCCUCUGCCGCUGCUCUCCGCCUGACCCUGGAACCCGAGGGUGGGGAGCGGCUGCCGCCGAAGAGGAAGGGGCCGCGGCGGCCACCGCGGCGCGGCCCGAGUUCUUUUGCCAAGAAAAUGGUUUGCCCAUUCCUGAGCACAUACUGUCCUUUCUAAUGGGACAAGAUCCAAUAUGAAUGUAAGUGAUGGAGGAAGACGACGCUUUGAGGAUUAUGAACACACAUUACGGAUAUAUCCUGGGACAAUUUCAGAAGGAACGAUUUACUGUCCAGUUCCUGCCAGAAAAAACUCCACAGCUGCUGAGGUGAUUGACUCUCUUAUAAACAGACUUCACCUAGACAAAACAAAAUGCUAUGUUUUAGCAGAGGUAAAGGAAUUUGGUGGAGAAGAAUGGAUACUCAAUCCAACCGACUGUCCAGUUCAACGAAUGAUGUUAUGGCCCCGAAUGGCUUUGGAAAAUCGUUUGAGUGGAGAGGACUACCGCUUUCUUCUGAGAGAGAAAAACCUGGAUGGGUCAAUCCAUUAUGGUAGCCUCCAGUCAUGGCUACGGGUAACUGAGGAACGCCGCAGGAUGAUGGAACGAGGUUUUCUCCCACAGCCUCAACAGAAAGACUUCGAUGAUUUAUGUAGCUUACCUGAUUUGAAUGAGAAAACUCUCUUAGAAAACCUAAGGAAUCGCUUUAAGCAUGAGAAAAUUUAUACUUAUGUUGGCAGUAUUCUAAUAGCUAUUAAUCCAUUUAAAUUUCUUCCUAUUUAUAACCCCAAAUAUGUCAAAAUGUAUGAUAACCACCAGCUGGGAAAACUUGAACCCCACAUAUAUGCUGUGGCUGACGUAGCUUAUCAUGCUAUGCUUCAACGCAAAAAGAAUCAGUGUAUUGUGAUUUCAGGAGAGAGUGGUUCUGGGAAGACUCAAAGCACAAACUUUCUUAUUCAUCACCUGACUGCCCUCAGUCAGAAAGGGUUUGCCAGUGGAGUAGAACAGAUUAUUCUUGGAGCUGGACCAGUGCUUGAGGCCUUUGGAAAUGCAAAGACAGCUCAUAAUAACAAUUCAAGUCGUUUUGGCAAGUUUAUUCAAGUAAAUUACCAAGAAACAGGCACUGUACUUGGGGCCUAUGUUGAAAAAUAUCUACUGGAAAAAUCUAGACUUGUUUAUCAAGAGCAUAAUGAACGGAACUAUCAUGUAUUCUAUUACCUGCUGGCAGGAGCAAGUGAAGAAGAGAGGCUGGCAUUCCACCUUAAGCAGCCUGAGGAGUAUCAUUAUCUCAAUCAGAUAACAAAGAAACCCCUCAGGCCAAGCUGGGAUGAUUGUGGCUAUGAUUCUGAGCCGGAUUGCUUCACAGUGGAGGGAGAAGAUUUGAGGCAUGAUUUUGAACGCUUGCAAUUGGCCAUGGAAAUGGUAGGAUUUCUUCCCAAGACACGAAGACAGAUUUUCUCUCUGUUGUCAGCAAUACUACAUUUGGGUAAUAUCUCCUAUAAAAAGAAGACUUACCGGGAUGAUUCUAUUGAUAUCUGUAAUCCUGAAGUACUGCCUAUUGUCUCAGAAUUAUUAGAAGUUAAAGAAGAGAUGCUAUUUGAAGCAUUAGUUACAAGGAAGACAGUGACAGUGGGAGAAAAGCUUAUUUUACCAUAUAAGCUGGCAGAGGCUGUGACAGUGAGAAACUCCAUGGCUAAGUCUUUAUAUAGUGCUCUGUUUGACUGGAUAGUGUUUCGCAUUAAUCAUGCGCUUCUGAACAGUAAAGAUGUGGAACACGAAACUAAGACGUUGUCCAUUGGUGUUCUUGAUAUUUUUGGGUUUGAAGAUUAUGAAAAUAAUAGUUUUGAACAAUUCUGUAUUAAUUUUGCUAAUGAACGUUUACAGCACUACUUUAAUCAACAUAUCUUUAAGUUGGAGCAAGAGGAAUAUAGAACUGAAGGUAUCAGUUGGCACAACAUAGAUUAUAUUGAUAAUACAUGUUGCAUAAAUCUUAUUAGCAAAAAACCAACAGGCCUGCUUCAUCUUCUGGAUGAAGAAAGCAACUUUCCACAGGCUACAAAUCAGACAUUACUAGACAAGUUUAAGCAUCAACAUGAAGAGAAUUCUUACAUUGAAUUUCCAGCUGUAAUGGAGCCUGCUUUUAUCAUAAGACAUUAUGCUGGAAAAGUAAAAUAUGGAGUAAAGGAUUUUCGGGAAAAAAAUACAGAUCAUAUGCGUCCAGACAUUGUGGCUCUUCUGAGAAGUAGCAGGAAUGCCUUUGUUUCCGGGAUGACGGGAAUUGAUCCUGUAGCUGUUUUCCGAUGGGCAGUUCUACGAGCUUUUUUCAGAGCCAUGGUUGCUUUUAGGGAAGCUGGGAAAAGACACAUUCAGAGAAAAAGUGGACAUGAUGAUACAACGCCAUGUGCAAUUUUGAAAAGUAUGGAUAGUAUUAGCUUUCUGCAACACCCAGUCCACCAGAGGAGCUUAGAGAUUCUGCAGAGAUGCAAGGAAGAGAAGUACAGUAUAACCCGAAAAAACCCAAGAACACCUCUUUCUGAUCUUCAGGGCAUGAAUACUCUAAAUGAAAAAAAUCAACACGAUACAUUUGAUAUUGCUUGGAAUGUCAGAACUGGCAUUCGCCAAAGCAGACUACCAAGUAGUAACACUUCCUUGCUUGAUAAAGAUGGAAUAUUUGCUAAUUCGACAAGCAGCAAACUCCUGGAAAGAGCUCACGGAAUUCUCACGAGAAACAAAAAUUUCAAAUCAAAACCUGUUCUUCCAAAGCACUUGCUGGAGGUAAAUUCUUUGAAGCACCUGACAAGACUGACUCUUCAGGAUCGAAUCACCAAAUCUCUUCUUCAUUUGCACAAGAAGAAGAAACCGCCCAGUAUCAGCGCCCAGUUUCAGGCAUCCUUAAGCAAGCUGAUGGAGACACUCGGGCAGGCAGAGCCGUAUUUUGUAAAAUGCAUCCGUUCAAAUGCUGAGAAGCUGCCCUUAAGAUUCAAUGAUACCUUGGUACUAAGACAGCUUCGGUACACUGGGAUGCUGGAAACAGUUCGAAUUCGCCAAUCAGGAUAUAGCUCAAAAUAUUCUUUCCAGGAUUUUGUGAGCCACUUUCAUGUGCUUCUUCCUCGAAAUAUUAUUCCAUCUAAAUUUAACAUUCAAGACUUCUUAAGGAAAAUCAAUAUUAAUCCUGAUAAUUAUCAAGUUGGAAAAACCAUGGUUUUCCUAAAGGAACAUGAACGACAGCACUUACAAGAUCUGCUUCAUCAAGAAGUGCUUCGCAGAAUCGUACUGUUGCAGAGGUGGUUUAGAGCCUUGCUCUGUAGGCAGCAGUUCCUUCAUUUGAGACAGGCAACGAUUAUUAUCCAGCGAUUCUGGAGGAAUUACCUAAAUCAGAAGCAUAUCAGAAAUGCAGCUAUGGAGAAAGAUGCUUUCGUAAUGGCUAGUGCAGCUUCUCUUCUCCAGGCUUCCUGGCGUGCUCACUUAGAGAGACAGCGAUACUUGGAGUUACGAGCUGCAGCUGUCAUCAUCCAGCAGCGAUGGAAGGAACUCUAUAGGAGCAGGCACAAGGCUGCUACCUGUAUACAGGCAAGAUGGAGGGGCUACAGGCAAAGUAAGAAGUACAAAGAACAAAGGAACAAAAUUAUCCUUUUACAGUCAAUAUGUAGAGGAUUCCGAGCACGACAAAGAUAUAAAGCUUUAAAAGAGCAAAUGCUGAAAGAAACAAAACUAGAGCAUGGAUUGGUGCAUAUCAAGGCACAUGGAACUCUACAAAUUCAGGGUUCAGACCCUUCUGAGUGGGAGGAUUGUUCGUUCGACAACAGAGUAAAAGCCAUAGAGGAAUAUAAAUCUGUGAUAGAAAGUAAUCGAAUUAGCCAUGAGAGUUCACUGGAUUUCUCAAAGGAGUCUUCAGAAAAGCAACAGGAGAAAGGCAGAAGCCAAAGUGGUACAGACUUGCAGGGAGAUGUGGUUGUAAGACAGAGGCCCAAGUCCUUGGAAGAUCUCCAUCAGAAGAAAGUAGGUCGGGCCAAAAGAGAAAGUCGGAGAAUGAGAGAAUUAGAACAAGCUAUAUUUAGCUUAGAAUUGCUGAAAGUCCGUUGUCUUGGUGGCAUAUCUCCUUCAGAUGAACGCAGGUGGUCUACAGAGUUAAUGCCUGAAAGCCUUCAGUCUCCACAGGGUACACCUGAUAGUGAGAGCUCUCAAGGGAGCUUAGAACUUCUGAUCUGUGAGGAGAACCAAAAAAGCAAACCUGAGUCCCUCAUUUCAAAUGAGGGAGAAUUGAAAAUUUCAUCACCCAGUGUAUCUACUAAUCUGAAAGUUGGUUCACAAGAUAACUCCCUCAGUGCCUCACGUGAGACUAGCUUUGCAGUGGCUGGAAAAGAAGCAUCUUCUGGGGCUGCAAAGGAAGAGCUUGUCUGUAGUUCUGAGCCUAUCACCUGUAAACCUCAGCUGAGAGAUUCUUUUGUUUCAAGUAGUCUGCCUACAUUUUUUUAUAUUCCCCAUCAAGAACCUCUGAAAACAAGUUCCCAGCUAGAUACAAGUAUCCAAAGAAACAAACUACCAGAAAGAGAAGCCACAGAAGCCAGGAAGUGUCAGUUUUCAGGAGAUCAGGUGAUUUCUUUGAAUACAGAUUCUUCAUGUACUGUGCUUAAGAAGUUAGAAAAGCUGAAUACUGAAAAGGAGAAAAGGCAAAAGCAGCUACAGCAGCAGAAUGAAAAAGAAAUGAUGGAACAGAUUCGUCAGCAGACAUAUAUCUUAGAGAAGGAACGUAAAGCCUUCAAGACAAUUGAACAGUCACGAACGGAGGAUUCUCUCUUGGCACCAACUUUUUAUCAGUCAAGACAAAGAGUAGAGAGGCCAUCUUCUUUGCAUAUUCCAAAUACCCCAAGUAAAGUAGAAGCUGGUGUACUAGGUUCCCCAUCAGCAGUCACUAAAAGAGAUGCCGAUCUUGCCACAAAAGACAAUCCCUCCAUUUCUUUACCCACAAAAGACCGACCUGUCACCCUGUUCUUUGAAAAAAAAGGAAGCCCAUACCAAUCUAGGACUGUCAAUGAAUUAUCAAAGACAGAAAGAAUGGGCACCCAACAUAAUGUUGCUGUUAAAUUCUCUAAUAAUCGUACUACAGAAAAAGAGCACUUUAGGUCAGCUCACUCUUAUGGCCACAGAUCUGAUGACUCUUCCAGAGACAGAAGUUCAAGAACCAUUUUCUUCACACCAAAAGACAAUACAAUUAUUCCACUGGUAUGCAGUAGAAAUCCUCAAGUCCACAAACAAGAUGAACCAGCUUGGAAACCUAAGUUAGCAGGGCCUGGGCAACAAGGGGUUGCCAGACCGGCCCAUAAAAAGAAAGCUCGAAUGGCGCGGACGCGCUCCGAUUUCUUGACUAGAGGUACUUUUGCCGAUGGGGAGGGGGAUACAGAGGAAGAUGAUUACGAUGACAUUAUUGAGCCCCUUCUCUCCCUUGACCAAGCUUCUCACUCUGAGCUAGGGCCUGUAUCCAGCCUGGGUCAGGCCUCUCACAGUGACUCCGAAAUGACAUCACAACGAUUUUCUUCAGUUGAUGAACAAGCAAGGCUCCAUAAGGCUAUGUCUCAAGGAGAGAUUACUAAAUUGGCAGUAAGACAGAAGUCUUCAGAUUUGGACAUAAGACCUCAGAGAACAAAGAUGAGAUUCUGGGCCAAAGGGAAACAAGGAGAGAAGAAGACUACUAGAGUAAAACCUGCUACCCAGUCGGAAGUCUCAUCACUCUUCGCUGGCUCAGAUGUGACACCGGCUCAUCCAUUUUCUGAUGAAUUAACUCAGUACCACCCAACACCUCCUUUGAGCCCAGAACUGCCUGGGAGUUGCCGAAAAGAAUUCAAAGAGAAUAAGGAGCCUUCUCCAAAGGCAAAGCGCAAGAGGGGUGUGAAAAUCAGCAGUGUGGCCUCAGAUUCUACGCAUUGGCAAAAUGACUCUGUUCAAAUCAUAGCAAGUGCCAAUGAUUUAAAAAGUAUGGAUGAAUUUCUUCUGAAAAAGAUGAAUGACCUAGAUAAUGAAGACAGCAAGAAGGAUACAUUAGUGGAUGUUGUAUUUAAAAAAGCCCUGAAAGAAUUUCGGCAGAAUAUCUUCAGCUCUUACUCAUCUGCAUUGGCGAUGGAUGAUGGGAAAAGCAUACGCUAUAAAGACCUGUACGCAUUGUUUGAACAGAUUCUGGAAAAGACUAUGAGGCUUGAGCAACGUGAUUGGAAUGAAUCUCCAGUGAGAGUUUGGGUUAACACUUUCAAGGUGUUUUUAGAUGAAUACAUGAAUGAAUUCAAGACUUUGGAUAGCACAGCCUCAAAGGUACCUAAAACAGAAAGAAAGAAAAGGAGGAAAAAGGAAACUGAUUUGGUGGAAGAGCACAAUGGCCACAUCUUUAAGGCCACCCAGUAUAGCAUUCCUACGUACUGUGAAUACUGUUCUUCCUUGAUAUGGAUAAUGGACAGAGCCUCUGUUUGCAAAUUGUGUAAGUAUGCUUGCCAUAAGAAGUGCUGUCUGAAAACCACAGCCAAGUGCUCUAAGAAGUAUGAUCCAGAGCUGUCAUCGCGGCAAUUUGGGGUUGAACUGUCCCGUUUGACUAGUGAAGACCGAGCUGUUCCUUUAGUGGUAGAAAAGCUCAUAAACUACAUUGAAAUGCAUGGACUUUAUACCGAAGGUAUUUAUCGAAAGUCUGGUUCAACUAAUAAAAUCAAGGAGCUUCGACAAGGUCUAGAUACAGAUGCUGAAAGUGUAAACCUAGAUGACUAUAACAUACAUGUCAUCGCAAGUGUAUUCAAACAAUGGCUUCGUGAUUUGCCCAAUCCACUCAUGACUUUUGAACUCUAUGAGGAAUUUCUUCGAGCUAUGGGCCUUCAGGAGAGAAAGGAGACAAUCCGUGGUGUGUACUCUGUAAUUGAUCAGCUUUCCCGAACUCAUCUCAAUACACUGGAGCGCCUUAUCUUUCAUCUAGUUAGGAUUGCUCUACAGGAAGACACUAAUCGGAUGUCUGCUAAUGCUUUGGCUAUUGUGUUUGCACCUUGCAUUCUCCGUUGCCCUGACACUACUGACCCACUACAAAGUGUACAAGACAUCAGUAAGACUACCACCUGUGUGGAGCUGAUAGUUGUAGAACAAAUGAAUAAAUAUAAGGCUCGUCUGAAAGAUAUCAGUAGCCUAGAAUUUGCUGAAAAUAAAGCAAAGACCAGACUAUCACUGAUUCGCAGAUCAAUGGGAAAGGGGCGGAUACAUCGAGGAAACUAUCCAAGUCCAUCCUCUCCUGUUAUAGUCCGAUUGCCUUCCAUGUCUGAUGUCCCAGAAGAGACUUUGACUAGUGAGACAGCCAUGGAGACCGACAUUACAGAACAGCAACAAGCAGCAAUGCAGCAGGAGGAAAAAGUACUGACUGAGCAGAUUGAGAACCUACAGAAAGAAAAGGAAGAACUAACAUUUGAGAUGCUUGUGUUGGAACCUCGUGCCUCUGAUGAUGAAACCCUUGAGUCUGAGGCUUCUAUUGGGACUGCUGAUAGCUCAGAAAAUUUGAAUAUGGAUUCUGAAGAGAGAAGUUCAGCCCUUAGCUCCCUGAAAGCAGCUGGCAAGUCUGAGCCUUCAAGCAAGUUGCGAAAGCAGCUAAGAAAGCAGCCAGACUCUUUGGACUCAGUCAGUUCCUCCCUUUCUUCAUGUUUAUCUAACACUACGUCAUCUCAUGGCACUAGAAAAAGAUUUCAGAUUUAUUCCAAGUCUCCAUUUUACCGAGCUGCCUCAUCUUGUGAGGCCUUGGGAAUGGAGGGACCACUAAACCAAGCCAAAUCUCUAGAAGACAGGCCUCAGUUCAUCAGCAGAGGAACCUUCAACCCUGAAAAGGGCAAACAAAAAUUAAAGAAUGUGAAAAACUCACCUCAGAAAACCAAAGAGACCCCAGGGGGGACAGUCACAUCUAGCCGAAAGAAAGCUGUGGACCCGGACUGCAGCUCUGCACAGCAGCUGCCGCUCUUUGGAAGUGAUGAGUUUAUGGUCUGAGUGGACAGACCUGUCCCCACAUCUCAUCCUCGGGGCCUCCUCUGCUCACUUUGUCUGUAACAGUCAGUCCUGAUGGUCUUGCCUCUUGUUUCAGGCGACAGUUGGUGUGCUGGAUCGCUGGGCUUCCUGCAGAAGAGACCUCUCUGAAGCUUUCUAGGGAUGGGCCAGCUGUGCCUUGGCUGCUGUAUUUUAUUUGAGAUCCACUAAAAGCCACCUAGGACCUGGGGGAUUUUGACCAACAGUAGUUGCUUCCCCCAUCCCCCUUUUCCUUCCCACAGGUAGUUACUGAAUUAUGGGGCUGUUGUGAUCCUGAGGAAUGCUCUCAUUUCUAGUAUUUGAAGAAAACAUAAAAACCUCUCUUAACCAUAAAAGCAAAAGCUUUUGAAUUUAUAUUGGUAGGAAUUGUGGUAAAAUAUAAAAAUUUGCCCAAGGAUUUAUAAGCAAAAAGCCUGAGCCCUCUAUUUUAAAUUUAAGUACAAAAUACUUCAUGUUAUAUUUUGGAAAUAUAAACUGUGAUUCCCAUUAACCUCCAGAGCAUGUCUCAGCUAUCUAGUCAUACAGUGAAGAGACCAUGCUUGCCCCCUGUUGACAUCUGGUAGAAUCAGUGCUGGUUUAACUCCUGGUUAGUUCCUGCCAAAUAUAUUGCAUGGGAUAAAAUUCUGUUAGCCAUACUGCCCUGAUUACUAGAUCAGAUUCCUCUAGUUUUUUUGUUUGUUUGUUUUUAAUAUGUCAUAGACACAUUUAGGUAAUCCCUAAAUGUGAAGGCUUCAUCCUGAUUGAUCCAGGCUUUUCUUGUAUAGACUAAACUGAAGACUGUAUCCGAGCCUGUUCAUCUGGUGGAGUACCACCAUAGCCGAUGUGACCAUUUAAUCACUUCUCUGCAAGUGUUCAAAUACAAUGUUGCAUGAGUGUUACAGAAAGCUGCCAAAAGAAGUUUGGAAAGUUUUAAUAUGAUCUAUUUAACUUUUACCUUCUUUUUCUCAGACCAUCAGUAUUAGAUGAAAAGAAUCAAGGACUACUUGAAGCUAUUUUUGUUAAUAUACUUGUUCCUGAAGUUUACUGUAAAUACACAUGUAUAGUAUAUGCCUCGUUCUUUUUAACCUUGUGCUUCCCCCUUCUUCCCGUGGAGUUUCUUUCUACAGAUGAGAGGCCAUUGGACAGGUGGUGAGAACCAGUCACCCCUGGGUUGAGGGAAAAGUAAGGGCAUCUUUUUCAUCACUGGUGGUCUCCAUGUACCUAAGUUAUAAUGUCGGAAGCAUCAUGUACUAGCAAUUGUGGGAAUAGAAAUGUUUUUGCUAUUUAUAAUGUAUGUGAAAUGAAACAUGAUACCGUUUCUUAAGUAUGUGAAAAUGUUUAUUUUUAAAGUCACUAAAUACAUUUUGUCUAACUACCACAUGCACUGUUCCAAGAAGAGCCUUUCCCAUCUAUAACCUGAAUUUUGGUUUUCUUGGUUUGAAGUUCUGAGAAUAGGAAGUCUUUUGUUAAGACAGCGUCUCUCCUCUUAAACAACAGUGAACCUCAUGCCGCUGCUCCAGCGCUCAUUGGCCGGCUCUUAUAGAGGAGACUUGUGGCGUCAUUCUAAACAGCAGCCCAUGGUGACAGGGGUCUUCCCUCUCCCUGGUAUGGGUUCAGUGUUGAGACACAUGAAGGAAGCUUUGAAAACGUCCCCAGUGAUGAUGAUCAGUCAGAAAAUGGUAACUUGUACACCCCUCAAGCACUAACAGAAAGAAUUUUGGAAACUGUCUAAAGGAGCCAGCUUGGCUGUGACAAGGUGGGGCGCUGCCUGGCCCUUGCUAACGCUGCAGUCUGUUUUAGUGGCUGGGGAGAGGCUGCUGGGGGUGGUGACUGCUGCUCUCUGCGUGCCUCAGCGCAGUAAUGGCCUGAACUCGGCACUCGACACACAUUCUCCCCCUAAAGUUUUUCAGUUUAGUUUUGUUUUGUGUUUUGUUUUCCAGACAAGAGUUUUUCUGUGUAGCCUUGUCUGCCCUGGGCUUGCUUUGUAGACCAGGCUGGCCUUGAACUCCCAGAGAUCCACCUCUUUCUCCCUGAGCGCUGGGAUUAAAGGCAUGUGCCACCACACCUGGCUUGUUUUUCUAUAAGGCAAAUGGUAAAUUUGGGGCCGAGAAAAAAAAAAAAAAAAAAAAAAACCCUACAUAGGUCACUUUGUAGGAACUAGGUGUUGAUACUAAAAGACUUUAUAAUUUUUCUCAGGGACCUAAAACCUGAAUUUGAAUAAAGUUAAAUAAAAACUUUCAGUUGC